AGCUGCAAGGUUGGCUUUUGUCCUAAACCAUUUGUAACUAUGGACUUGCCAGAUGAGAGCCAGUGGGAUGAAACCACCUGCAACGUGGCUCUUUGUCAGCAUCCACAAUGCUGGGCAGCAAUCCGCCGAAUUGAGAGGGGCCACCCUCGAAUCCUGGGCUCACCCUCCAAAACUCCUGUGGAUGUUAACGAUAAACUCCCAGUGCUUACCAUUGCAAACCUCUCAGAUUCCUGCUUCCAGGCUAAGAGACGUCCUCAUCGUCAUUUACCAAGACUUACCUUCACGAAGCCUCACUCUUUAUUGUCUCAGGGUUCAAAGUUUAAAUCCAGAUUUCAAGGCAGGCCUCGCACGGAUUUACCUGACAAAGAUUUGAUUAACUGUACCAAUAGAUCUUCCAAACUAAGUGACAGAUUGAAAAAGCUUCCAGUGCUAAAUUUGAAUGAGACAAAACUUCCUUGCCCUCAAGAUGUUAGAAAUAUGGUUGUAAUCUGGAUCCCCAAAGAACCAAAGGAGCAUGUGGGUCCAGCAGAGAGGUAUAUUGUUCCCAGACGGGAUGGGAAGAAGAAAAGAAAGAAAUCUGUAGUGUCUGGAAAGCAGGACAUAGAAACACAGUUGAGAUCUUCAGGGAUAAUUGUACCUCCCCCUUCUCCAGUACAUGUCUUGGAGCAACUAAAUUCAGAAUUCCUACCUCUCUGGAACCAAUUUGACAUGUUACCUCCGGAUCUCCUGAAUGAUCUUUUGUCAGAUGAAGGGAAAACUGUGCUUUGUCCUGAGAUGAAGACACAAUUGGCCAUGAUGAAAAGGAAGCCUCCUCUGGAAAAGAGCCGUCCCGACAGUGCCAUCUGUGCUGAGAUGUUUCUGUUUGUACACCGCCUCACCCUGCAAACACCAGGAUUGAAAUAUUCUGCACAUUUGAAUAAAUCAUAUUGUAACCUGAAGACAGAAGGUAGGUUUUCUGCUGCUGCCAGAUCUCCAGGUCAGAGGAAGCAGCAGCAGCAGCAGCAGCAGCAGCAGCAGCAGCAGCAGCAGCGGAAGUUGAAGACACCUACUAAGAAACAGGAGGCUAAAAAGAAAUCCAAGAGUGACCCACAGGGCCAGAGCACUUCACGUAAACGUUUAGGUACCAUGGUUUGUGACCCACGCUAUGGUCACAGAACUCUCCCCGGUGAGGAAGGUGACAAAAAGCAGCAGCAGCAGAUGAAGAAAAAAGGCUCCACUUUGAAACAGGAUUCCACAGAGAGGCCACAGGUGGACUAUGCUGAGAACUACCUGGAUUCCUUCCCCAGUGAGCAGAAUCUUAAAUUAUCCAAGACAGAAUCCACUAACGAGGACAUUACUACUCAGAUGGAGGUUAUGGCAGGAGCCCAAGAGACGACCCCAAAGGACCUUUCAGCCAGUACGUCUAGAACAAGUUGGGACUCUGAGCUCAAACUACUGAGUCCUCAGUCCACUGAUUAUGAGAAUGAGAAGAACAAACUCCCUGGGACACGGAGAGAAGAGUCUCCGGAGGCAUAG